AAUUAAGAAAAAAUAUUUAAAAUUAACUUCAUUUGUUUUCUUGUUGGUUUAUGGUGUAGUUUUUACAAAAUUAAUAAUUUUAAUUUACAUCACCCAAACAGUUAUAGUCUUGACGUCAGAUGACGCGGGAUUCGUAUGGCAUGGCAUGAAGGGGACGAGACGACAAAUGCAACAUUUUAAUUCAACAGUUUUUUCAUAACAGUUUAUACUUUCUUUAAGUUUAUAAAAUGGAAAGCUUCAAGCAUGGUGAUAGAGUUUUUGCAAAAGUUCGUGGAUAUCCUUGUUGGCCUGCGCGUGUUGACAGCAAAUGCGAAGUACUGGGAAGGACUCGCUACAAUGUGUUUUUCUAUGGAACAUACGAAGUAGCACAGGUUAAAAGUGAAGAUCUAUUUCCUUAUGAAGAAAACAAAGAAAAGUAUGGAAAGGCACAAAAGCGUAAAGGAUUUAAAGAAGGACUAUGGGAAAUUGAGAAUCGACCUAACAUUGGCCUGGCAGAUGAUGUAGUCACUCCAGCCCAAGUACCCCCCAUGUUGAUAGAAGCCAAUGAAUCAGAAAAGGAAGAAAGCACCAAAGAACCGGCUAAAUUACCUCUCAAACACAAGCGUAAAAUAGAAAAAGUUCAGGAAUCGGAAACGGAACUCGAACGAGUUAGUCGAAGUGGGAGGCGUAUCAAACCUAAGCGGUUUGCCGACGAGGACACACUCGAAGCUACCGCUCACGACACUCACGACAACCUUAUGUCCGAUUCGCUCGAAAUCACCCAACCGUUACAGGACGAAACAGGCGAAGAUGCUGCAACGCUAGCGAAAAGGAAACCGAAAGUAAAAGGUUUGGAAGAAACGCUGGAAACUAAAGACCAACUUGUUGAGAGCUCGAGUAGCAGUAAUCAACCCCAUUCAGAAGCCGACACAGACGAAGUAGAAGGUGACGAUGAAGACGAAGAACGAGCAACAUCAGAAAAAAUGGAUAUAGUCAGUCACACGACAAACGAUGUGAAACUUCCUAAAACGAAAAAGAAAGCUCGUGUGGAGUGGGAUUGUAAAAACAGCCGGGGUGCUGCGAAAGUCAGAGAAAAUGUUAACCAGACCUCUUUGCCAGAAGGCAUUAAAGCCCAACUUGAAGCCAAGGUCAAUCAAGUAACGCAGCACCACCAGGAAAAGUCCAAUCGUUUACUAGACGAGAAAAAGAAGAAUAAACUUCGUUGGUUAAAGACAGAAAGCCGCCUCGUUGAAUUAGACUAUCGCAUCAAGGAGAGUCUCAGUGUUAACCGACCGAAUUGUGAGGCCGCUAUCGCAGCCUUAGACGAACUCUAUUCCCUCCAAAUGGCUCCUUUGAUGUUGAAAAAACAUCCUUUUAUAGUGACGACUAUACUAAAACUGAAGCGGUAUAUUGGUCCCAAAGAAAGCCCUGAACAUACAGACGAUCAGAAGGUUUGCGCUUCUUCUGUGAUUGAAAAGCUUGAGGUUUGCCUUUUUAAUAGUUUAUUCUCGUUCCAGGUUAUGUACAAAGAAAAAUCCGCCAUUGUCCGCAGCAAGGCAACGAUGAUAUAUGAAAAAUUCAAGUUGCUGUUUUUGACACCCGAAGGGCAAAAUUUUUGGGAUAACUUUGCUGAACAUUUGGAGAAAUUCAAAGAAGACUGUAAAAAUCUAAGUGCUGAAAGUCUUGUCCGUUUGACAGAAGACCCUUCCAUGAGGAAGAAAAAAACUGAUGUCCCUUCCACGGAACCAGAAGUCACACCUCCAAACGAGUUAACGAAGCCAAUCAAAACGGAAGAAGUAGCCAAAAAAUCUGAAGAUCCCGACAAAGUGAUUACAACAGCUGAGGAAACGGUGACGACCGGAACCAACGGAGAGGGAUCCUCCAGUAGCCACUAGUAGUGACAAAUAACUAAGUAGCAACCCUCCUUGUAAUUUAACCGUAAAACAUUGUUUGCUCGUUUUUUCUCAUCUCGCUACUGUUGUUUUCAACCAAGUGAUUGGUUAUUAUCCAAUAACCAUGCAUUGUUUAGUGCAUCAACAGGAAUGCACUGGGGGUUUUGCUCUUUUAUUCCUUGGUUAACGGGAUUAAGAUCAUCUUGCAACUGGUCAUUAUUGUUUUAAGGUUUGUCGGUUGGGCAUUCGUGUGGCCAAGCAAAAGGCGUUUUGUGUGGGAAGCACUGUGAUUCUAAAAGUCAAGCGCUUUUGAAUUCUAUUUAGAAUACAUAAUCGUGGUACAAUUCA